CAACGCUGGUUUUGGCGGAUAAAUACUGACUGACAACACUGGUUCUAUUGUCAUUUUUAAUUUUUGCUGCGUUGCCUUGAUAAUUUUGCGUGAAAAAGUUUGCAAUUUUUUAUUAAAAAACUAAACAAAGACCUGUAAAACUGCAGCAAUGGAAGUUGAUGAAGAAGAGUUCGAGAUGCCCUCAUCCAGCAGCAAAGGCGAAAAGAAGCGUUUUGAAGUAAAAAAGUGGAAUGCUGUAGCUCUCUGGGCCUGGGAUAUUGUGGUCGACAAUUGCGCUAUUUGCCGUAAUCAUAUUAUGGAUUUGUGUAUUGAGUGUCAAGCUAAUCAAGCUUCAGCCACCAGUGAGGAAUGUACAGUUGCUUGGGGCGUUUGUAAUCAUGCCUUUCAUUUCCAUUGUAUAUCACGUUGGCUAAAGACCCGUCAAGUUUGUCCCUUGGACAAUAGAGAGUGGGAUUUCCAAAAAUAUGGUCAUUAGUUUAUGAUUCAUUUGCGCUUUAGUCUUACUAAAGUUCAUCAUAUUUUAGGUUACUAUUCAUUUUUUCAAUUAAUUUCGUUCUAUUUUUUUUAAUACCACAAAAAUAUAUAAUUUAUAUGAACAAAAACAAAAAACAACAACUUUGUAAGAAAAUGCUUAAUGUAAUUUCGAAUUAAAAUUAUAAUUUACACAAUGCUUUUGAAAGUAGGCAUUUAAAUAA